AUGAGUUCACCAUCAAAGAUUCAACAAGACUCACUGCUUCACUCUUCUCAGAUCAGCAGCAAUCCAUUUAACUACAAUAAGUUUGCUGAUAUGGAGAAUGAAUGGACCAAUGAAGUUUUGAUUGACUUUAUUAAGCAUAGAUGCCAUCAUGAGCAAAAGAAACUUUAAGAAAGAGAAGCUAACUUGAUUCAAGAAAGAAACAGCAUUAGAAGAACAUUAAAUGAUCUCGAAGUGCUUCAAAUCUCUAAAGAAGACAAAGUCUAAGAUAUCCUUAAGAAGAGAAAUCAAGAGCAAGACCAAAUUCUUAGAUUGAAAAAGAUGAUUGAAUCAAACACAGCCAAAAUAAAUGAGAAGAGAUAGACACUUGAAUAGAAGAAAGAUCCAGUUAAGAAACUGCAAGAAGCUUUAGAGACUACAAAGAGAGAGGUCAAUGAAAAAAACUUGAAGAAAGUCUAUAAUUACUUGGAGAAGAAAAACAACGAUGCAGUAGUGUACGUGAUGGAAGCUCUCAUUGGAUUAAUGAGAGGUAGUAAGCGUGCUGACUCCAUGUCAGUUGAACUCUACACCAAGACUCACGAGGGCUUUAUGAUGGGUUUAAAUAGAAUCGACAUUACAAAGCUAAAUGUUGACUACUGCCAAGAACAUCUUGACAAGCUCAGAGACAGUUUUGAUAGAAUUCUAAUCGAAGAAGAAUUUAGCGUUUUCAGAACGUUCAGAAACAUUCUUUCAAAGCUCUGUUUGCUUGCUAUGCUUGGAAGCGACAUAAAUAAGCUUUAACAAUAGAUCCAAAAGAAGGAAAUUGAAAAUGAAAACAGUUUGAAAUAGAUAGAUUAGAAGGAGUAUUUAUUGAAGACCAUUGAUGUUCAUGAGUUUAUCAAAGGAGAUAUUCAAUACUUUGAAACUGAAUAGGUUAAAAUCUACAAGUAAAAAGAGGCACAACUAAAUGAAGAGAUUAAAAAAGUCUAGCUCUCAUUGGAAAACUUUGAGGACAAAUUUUUCGCAGAUUUAUGA